GUAAAGUGUUGAAGCCUCUGAGACUCGGCGGAGGAGAAAGCAGGAAGACUCCAGUAAAGUACAAGUACCUCACACGUGUACUUCAGGACAGUGAUGAGGUAACUGUACUCAGUUUCUCUCCACGCUGAACAGGAGCGCUGCGAGGAGUCUGUUGAGCCAGCAGGAGGAGCUGUUUGCCUGGAAACAAGCAGGAAGUGGAGGAAGAAGAGAGACACUGAAGUCCUUCAGAGGAGGAGGAGGAGGAGGAGGAGGGAGGGUUUCCUGGUUGGAGCCACACCUCGGAGAGAGUCAGGGCUGCUUCAUGGUCUCAGUCUGCAGUCUUCAGCCCGGCUGGCAGCUGGUUCCCUGGUCUCUUCUGGUCUCUGGUCUCUGAUCAAACCCGACGCUGCUGUUAUUUUCCAUCAGAGGACUUCGGAUGAACUGACGCUGAUCUUCCUGCAUUUCUGAGGCUCCGCUUCGUUUCCUCUCAGAACUCGUGGAUAUUCAGUUUUUAUUUGCUGUUUUCUUCCCGGGACGGUCUCCGGUCUGCGGCGGGGUCCAUCUGGGGGUGGAGGUCCUCUGCGUUGCGGCUGCUGGUGCGCUUUUUGUCUGAAUGCCCCAGGAUUACCCGCAGGCUGCAGUUCCCCCCACGGCCUGCAGGGCGGCAGCAGAGAGCGGCGGCCGGCCGCUGGACAGGCGGAGCGUCGGCAUGAGCGACUUCUGGCACAAGAUGGGCUGCUGCGUGGUGGCUAAACCACCGCCGAAGAAGAAGAGGAGGAAGAUUGAUCGCAGUAUGAUCGGAGAGCCAACAAACUUCAUCCACCUCACACACAUCGGCUCCGGAGAGAUGGCAGAGGGACUGCAGCCGUCGGGGUCGGUUCAGGAACAGAUGAGGUCUAAAGGCCCGAACAUGAACGGCAGGAACAGCCUGUUAUAGCUGGAGUGCAUGAAACUGACCUCGACCAGCUGACCGACCUGCUCUUUCCUCCGCAAUCACCUUCACGCUCCUCUGAAAGAGCCUCUUUCCAGCAUCCAGACUCCCCUCCUGCCCUGCUGAAGUGUCCUUGAGCAAAGCACUGCACCCCCAGCCAGCUGCAGGGGGCGCCGUCCCGACCCGGAAAAAGCCAGAUCUCCCUUUUUUGAGGAUCCUCACUUUCUUUAGAAGUGGGGGGAAAAAAAUGUGGCUGCCUUUCUCGUCUCUUUUUAAUGUAAUUUCAAGAAUUUUCUACUAGCCAAAACUGAGAAUCAGUAGCCACCAGUAAAAAAAAACAAAAAAAACAUCCAAUCAUGAGUCCAGACGGAGAAUCUUGCUGAGCUGAGGGAGUUUUUCCACGUCUCAGGUCCAAUAAACCACCAGCUCUGCAUUUGAUCCCAGAAAAACAACAACACGAAGUCAAGGACUACAUCUCCCAGCAUGCCUUUAGACUUCCUCUACGUCCACGUUGUACUAGCUCAAACUCUGACAUUAAGGAAACAUUUUUAUUAUCGAAUUUAAGAUGAAAUUUAAAAAAAAUCUGGAUCUUGUAUUCACCACUAGAGGGCAGACCAUAAAGAGAUUUCCGCCGUCGGUAUUAAAUCAAACCGCCGGAUGACAUCACUGGACUCCAUUUCCCAGAAUCCCGUUCUCUUCAGGAUAUAUGAUAAAUGACAGAAUGUCUGUAUUUAAGAAAGAAUUACUGGAAAACUUGGCUUCAACCUGUUGCCUCAAAUUGUCACAAAAAAAGGACUACAUUUCCCAGCAUUCAUAGGGAAGUUCUCUCUAAACCUUACAGUCCAGGAGCCCCCCCUCCCCCCCAACACCUGUGUUUCCUCAGUGGACUUCAUUUCCCAGAAUGCUUCACUCUGCUCAGCUGUGAUCUGUAUUCUGCUUCUAAAGGAUUAUUACACCCCCCCCCCGUUCACUGGUCACAAGGCCUCAGUGAUGACAUCAUUGGACUUCAACUCCCACGAUGCCUCACUGCCUGUGCGAAUGAUUAAAGACUCUUGUUUUAGGAGAUGGGAAAGUCCCCCGAUUGUGUGUGUGUGUGUGUGUGUGAUGUCAUGGUCUUAAUAUUCCACCAGUUUAAAUAUAAACGUUGCUUCACUGAACUCUCAGAGGGAACUGGACACAGUUCAAAACUCCCAUUAGAAAAUCACCCUUUUUUUUGUAAAAGUUCUGUAUUUCCACUUUCUACAAAAAUGUUACAUGUCAGAGUUGUCUUUCUGUUCGUUUGACUACUUAAGCUGUGGGUCGGGGCCCUAAACGGGUCUUGACCUGGCAUAUUUUGGGGCCCCAAGAAGACAGAAGUGUGUGUGAACUUUUCGCUUCAGAGGCCACCUUGAGACAUUUUCAGGACUUUUGUUUAAAACAUUUCUUGUUUAAAACAUUUCAUGCUGCAUCUGUUGGGAAGAUCAAGUAUUAAGUGUGUAACUGCUUUAUAUUAUGAGUAAUUGAACAUUUUUAAGCAGCCAUUAUUUUAAGUUUUCUGCUGUUUUUGGGUGAUUUGCUGUGUGAUUUCUCCUGAUGUCGCUGUUGUUUUUUUUGUUUUUUUUGCCCUUUCUGAUCGAACAUCCCGAUUAACUGAAGCAGGGAAGCAAAGCGGUGAAGUCGACAGCGGGAGGCAGAUGCGUGCUCGUUGAUGUUUCUCAACCUUCGGGUCCGGGCUUCAGUUUGGGUCGCCUGAUAUGUGGAGUUUUCUAAGACUUAGAGGCCGUGGGAAAGAAAAUGCAUAGAAAUCCUUUGUAAAGUAAAGAGUUUCUCAUCAGCUGCCAUUUGAACCAAAGAAACCCCAAAAACCCUGAUAUGAGCUUUUAUUAAAUGUGUGAUGAUUCAAAUUAAAUCCCCCCCCCCAGAAAAAACUGUAACCCACCCACCAAACUCUGUACAAUUUUAUGUGUAUUUAAACAAACAAACAAAAAUUCACAUUUUUAUUACAUUUCCCCGUCCUAUUACAUUUUCUGUAAGAUGUAUCUCCAUAUAUUAUUUCAAAGCCUUCUCUACACUGUGAGGUAUAAUUCUGGUAAAGAAUAUGAAAUCCCAUUUAUUUAGUUUUUUAAAAAAAAAAGAAGAUAUUUAGUCUAAAAAUAUAUUAAAAAAUAAAAACUCGGUAACGCGUGUCUCCGGCUGGACAACAGUGCAACAAAUCCAAGCAAGUAUUUCAGCAUUGACUGAUUUUGAUUUUCGGCAAAUUCUUUCACCAUAACUGCAAACUGUCUCAAAACCACAAGUUUGUCUUUCGUCAUCUCUGCUCCGCUUUUUAAAAUGGAAUUUUAAAAAAACCCCACACAUUAAAACCUAGAAAAGGCCAAAAAAGUGACUCAUUCAGACUGAACUGUGUGGUAACAGCAGCAGUAACUCAAUGGGGGAAAUCCAUCUGAGUGGUUGCCGUGGAAACCGCUGAGUCACGGUGUCCCGUCCCCCCCCCUCCCCUCGCCGUGGCGACCGGCCACUUCCUCCCUGCGGCCGAGACUGAAGAGGCCAAAACAUCUAUUUAAGGAAAAUCUGAGCUGCUGCCGCUCAUCUCAGCUUCCUCCAGACAGCGUGCUGUGUUCACUGGACUCCUCGGAGCGUGGGAGUUUAUAAACCUCCUCCUUCUGAGUUAGCUUCCCCUGAGCAACAGCUGAUUUACUUUUUUUUUUAAGCCACAGCAGCCAAAUUAAAGUGCUGGUUUCGCAUCAUGUGACCCUCCGUCAGCUGACAGCGUUAAAAUCAACAGUGGAUGUAAACAGCUUCUAACGCGGAGCCGAAAACCACACGAGACUGAGCGAGUGUUUGUGAACGCCAGCCGUUCUUCUUCUGCAGCUGCUCGUUAAAAAUCAGCCGCAGUUACCACCAGUAACCACCGGCGGCGCCAAAUCAACCGGGACGGAAAUCUGAAGGCGGCGUCGGACUGAGCGCGAUGCAAAUCUUAAACGCAAAGACGCAAUUGGAAGGUUUAAUAAUUCGAUCAAACUUUAUUUGUAUGGCUUCUUCCGUACGGUUUAAAACUGUAAACAAAGUCCUUGGAAGCGGCGUCGCUCCGGUCAACGCCACGUGAGGCGAAGACGCGUCUGAACAUUUAUACAGUUGGUGGAAACUCGUUUCUGUACCAACUGAGUUCGAUCAGAGACCCGGAUCAGGUGUUUACCUGUCGCGGUUUCUGUUAGACUACUCCAGCUAGCAAAACCAAGAUGAGGCCAAAUCCAGGUUUCCGAAACCAGCAUCUGACGUUUCCACGGGAACCGCAUAACCAGGACGCGCACGUAAACACCCUCGUUGUAUAACACCGAGUUCAUGCAGCUUCAACACAGUUCGAAUCCAAAUAAUAAACACGACGUCUGUUCCCAAACACGACGCCCAAACACGACGCCCAAACGCGACGCUGGCGCCCAAACGCGACGCCGGCUCCCAAACGCGACGGCAACGCCCAAACACGACGCCCAAACGCGACGCUGGCGCCCAAACGCGACGCCAACGCCCAAACACGACGCCCAAACGCGACGCCGGCGCCCAAACACGGCGUCCGGGGGUUCGAGUCAGCGCGGUUGUCGUCGCCUCAUUUCUUUCUGAUUCUUGGAAACUCAGACCUGUUCUCUGAAGUCCGGCUCCUUUUGUUUAUCACAGCUCUUCCUCUCUUCCUCUUCCUCUUCGUCGCCCACACCUGGGACUCCCCUCCCGGCUUACAGUCCGCCAACGCUGGGGAGCACUUUACCUUAAAUCUCGCCUCCCACGGAAGUCGCGCGGCGAGACGCGAGGAGACGCUGUGGCAAAGACGAUCUGUUAAACCCGAUCACGUCCAGCAUUACUAUCGAAAUAUCGUUUUGCUUUUUUUUUUUUUUGGUUGUUUAUCAAAGAUGUUGAUUUAUUGAACUGUUUGUGUUAUUGAACAAUGUUUUUCUGAAUAUAUGUUGCAUAGUAUUGUAUGAACGCAUCUAUUAAGAGUAUUGAUCAUCAAACGUUUCUGUGACUUUUUGAACCUUGAGCCUGAGUCGAAACCUGCAGGAGUUAAUCAAUAAAAAGUCGAAUGAGAAAUAUUUUAA